AUGGCAUAUAGAGCAUCUCAGCACGAGUCCACAGGGUAUACCCCAAAUAUGCUUAUGAUGGGCAGAGAAGCAGCCACACCAUUGGACAUAGCAUAUGAUAUGCCUUCGUCCUGGAAAGAAGUUCCAAGAAAUGAAUGGGUCUGGGUGCUUCUCGAUCGAAUGGAGCGUGCACAUGCAUUAGUGAGACAACAUUCAGAAGGGGCAAUUCUUCGUCAGAAACAUUAUCAUGACAUGAAAAUGUCGUAUGAACGAUUCAAGAAAGGCGAUGAAGUCUAUGUAUAUUUUCCCCAAAGAAAGGCUGGAUGCUCAUCAAAACUAACCUCAUUUUGGCGAGGUCCAUUCCUGGUCUUGUCCAUAGUCUCAGAAGUUCUGUAUAAAGUAAACUGCGGUCGCAAUGGGAAAGAACAAGUAGUUCAUUGUGAUCGAAUGAAAGUCAGCAAACCUCAGGUAUUGAGAGGAGAAGUUCUAGAACCCAAUUACUCCUCUGAAAAGAUGGAUGAAAGGACUGAUGUUGAUCAAGUUCAUGAUGACCUCGAGUCAAGUUACAAAAAUGUCGAAGUUACGGUUGAACUGGUUGGAGGUGGCAGAGAAAGACGAGAUAGACGUCCUCCAAUAUGGUUGAAAGAUUAUAUUCAAGACUAG